GAUAUUUAUGUUUGGAUAAUGGAUCGUCGUUAAUUCAAAUUGUGUUAUUGUUUAAAGUUUAUGUGCUUGUGAGUUAGGUACAUUUAUUAUAAAAGUAUAUUUUAUUCAUAAAAUCAAAUCUGAAUCCUUACUGUUGCGUGGUUUAUGAGUAGUCGUCUUAAAAAAUGCAUGCUACAGAAGAAUUCCUCGAUUUCGAUAAAUUAGAAGAAAAAUUGUAUGGAAUAUUUGAGACCAGUGUUUUAAAUUAUACACAGGAUAUACUAAAUGUAUUUGAUAAUCGUAGUAUUUUGCAAAAACCCAUAUACCGACAAAAUUCCGCAAAUACCUUAGAAGAAGAAUUAGAAAUACUACAUCGAUUAAACAAGAAUUUAAGAAAAGAAAUUGAUGAAAAUCUAGAUAAAUUAUCUCAAAAGCAAAAUGAAUACGAACGUUAUAAACAAGAUCAUAAACUUAUAACAAAUCAAAUCAAGGAAACCCAUGAAUCCUUAUUGAUGGCCCGAAGGUGCUAUAAAAAUUUCUUAAAUUUUUAUUACACUAUUGAAUCAAGACAGACUGAUGAACAAGUAAUAUUUAUACAGUUUUUCACUCAAACUAAAAGAGAUUCUGAGAAGUAUUCCAUAAGGCUAUUACGAAAUACACAGACAGGAAAAUAUUCAUUGCAAGAAAUUAACCCAUCACUGAAAAAUAACAAGUAUGCAGAAAAAAUUUUGGAACACACAAAUAAUGUGCCUGGAGUUUUGGCAUAUAUAAGACUAGGUUUUAUUUCCCUGAAAAAGAAUAAAAAAUAAUCUGGGUCAUGUUCUUGAGGAUCACAAAAAAGGAAAGUAAUGGUAUUCCAUUGAAGUGUUCUGUUUUCAGAUGAUAAACAACAUUAAAAUUAUUAUUAUUGUAGGCAUAUUAAUAACAAUUUUUGUAUAAUAUACUAAUUACUAAUACUGUAGUAAGUGUAAUUCAUGGACUUUAUAAUAAAAUUUUAUUUGUAACUUA